CUAAAGCGACGUGUCCGGGGCAGCGCCGGCAGCUCCGGCCGCCUCUGCCUGCGGGCUCGGGGCAGCGCCUGCCCGGGGCUCCUCGGGCCAGGGGCAGGGCCUGGGCCCCUCGCAGGCUCCUGCUGACAGACCCGGGCUCGGUCAAAGGACACGCAGCGUUCGCUCCCUGUUGCCCCCACAGCCCCUGCUGCUGUUCCUGCCUUCCCCUGGGCUCUGCCGCGUUGCCCCUUGGGCCCCAGACACCUUCUCAGCAGCUGGUAGAGUGAAAGACUGGAUCAACUUGGAGACCAUUUUCUCUUAUGUACAGUGAUAAAGGAAAAAUCUCUCUGCUAUGAGGCCUGUUUCUGAGAAAGCAGAGGCAUCUGUUUUUCACUACUGAACAUUGGUGUUAUGUUUUUACAGCACACUGCUAAUUAAUACCAGUCCAUCCAACAAAACAUGAAGACUAAAACCAAAGGAAAGAAGCAAAGGCAAGCUGUUGACAAAGAAGCAUUUUCCGAAGAGCCGGCAGUGAGAAAAAAGGAACUGGGGAAAUGCUUGCGAGGCCAAGAAAGGAGGAAUGGGGGAAACAAGGAGAGCAGCAAGAUCCCCACAGCCAGAGGCAAGCGUCCUUGGAGCAGUAAGGACAGGCUUUUGAGGAGACUGGAAAGCAACGAGCGCGAGAGGCAGAGAAUGCACAAGCUCAACAAUGCGUUCCAGGCCUUGCGGGAGGUGAUCCCUCAUGUGAGAGCUGAGAACAAACUUUCCAAAAUAGAGACCCUCACGCUGGCCAAAAAUUACAUUAAAUCCUUGACCUCCAUUAUACUCAGUAUGUCCAAUGGACACUUUCCAGCAGUAGAAGGGAUGGGGGGAGCCUGGGGAUCCAAAUUGUACCAGCAUUAUCAACAGCAGCAUGGGGAAGAUGACCGUGAGGAACAUCUACAGAAAUAUUCCACAUAGAUUCAUAACUUCAGCCAAAACACCGGCUGCCACCUACUACUGUAAUUGUUUUUCCUUCUUACAUCACAAUACAUGUCAUUACCUAGAGGUUUAAACCCUCAGAAUUUUUCAGAGCAUAGUGAAUGUGUUUGUGUGGUGUGCCAGGGUCUGGAAACCUAUCCUGUAGCACUGGAGUUGACUUGAAAACAGUGAUUUAGUAGCUUCUGAAAAUUACCCUACCUGGAGUAGAGUGAGUUGAGCAUUUAAGGUCUGUGUCACCCAAGUUCUUUGGAGUUUGUUGAGAAUUUGGUUGUAGCUCUGUUCAUCAGCCUUUCAGUGACUCAUCUACCAUGCUAAAGAGAAGAUUAAAAUUGAUGACAGCAUUUGACUUGGUGACUGAAGUGGCACAUAUGGAAAAUUGGUCACCAGAUCUGAAUAUUUAUCUUGAUAUUUAACUUCUGUGGAUCUGCCCUGAUAAUUCUGAACCUUGCAAGGCAUAAAAAUACCUGCUGAUGCAAACAUCUGCAAAGCUUUCUUAGAUUGUAAGCUCUCUAGAGUAAGGACAGUUCUGAUCUGCAUUUCCAGAGCAUCUGACCUCAUGAAGAUUUUCUUUAGUGGGUGUCUGGGUGCCAUUGUAAUA